AUGCUAUCCAGGUGCUUUCCCAGAACAUUUCCUCGAUUCUUUUCGUCUUAUGCCGUGAACGACGGCUCGCAUCUUGGAGAUGCCUUGUCCAAAUCUAUCGAGACUGUUCCACUCGCAUUUGACAAGCACGAGUCACCCACGGAAUCAAUCAAAUCGCCGUUGAUUUUCCUCCACGGGCUCUUUGGCUCCAAGUCGAACAACAGAACCGUUGCUAAGCUGUUGGCUGAGUCCAUGGCUCGUGAUGUCUACUGCUUAGACUUGAGAAACUUUGGGCUGUCUCCACAUGCCAAACGUCUCGACUAUCCAUCUCUAGCUGCGGAUGUUGAACGUUUCAUUGAGGAGGAGAGCACGCCACAGAAACCUAUCUUGAUUGGUCAUUCUAUGGGUGCAAAAACUGCCAUGGCUUUGGCUCUACGUCGUCCGGAUUUACCCAAAAUGAUUGUAUCGGUCGACAACGCUCCAGGAUGCCUCUCUGCGUCCGGAGGGCCAUUUGGGAAGUACAUUCGCCAGCUCAGAUACGCUCUUGAGGUCAAGCAGUACACAAACAUAAAGGACGUGGACGCUGAGUUAGCCAAGGUCGAGCCAUCCAAAGAAGUUCGUCAGUUUCUCCUAACCAACGUGAACAGAGGCAAGAAGCACGAGCCAUGCACUUCAAAAAUUCCGCUACAAGUAAUUGGCGACGCUGUAACUUCAGGAAACAUUGCUUCGUGGCCAUACGACCCGACUGUGUCCAGAUGGACAAGGGGACCUGCGUUAUUUGUUAGAGGAACUGAGUCCAAGUAUGUUCCGGACGAUGUUCUUCCAGACAUCGGUAACUACUUUCCAGAUUUUGAAGUAAGGGAUAUUAAGGCGGGCCACUGGGUGAUCAGCGAGAAGCCACAGGAGUUUAUGGAAGUUCUCCGUGAGUUUGUUGAACGAAAGGAAGACGACGAGUAA